AUGCCCCGGCCAACCCGGUCACCGGCAAGCCCACUGGCCUUGUCGGCCAAAGCUGCUCGAUUGCUUUUGCUCCUUGGAGCACCAGUGGUAUUUCUUCAUUGCACCGACUACGUGGUAGAGAAUACACCAGCCAGCAAGGCAACCAGAGAUUUGCACAAUGUGGAUCUCUUUUCAGGAAAAGGUGCUAUUAAUUCUGCAUUUGUUGACCAGAAGAUGAAGUCGAAACCGUUUGAUGUGGAGACAUCUGGGACGUCAGGAGAUAUCUUGGAAGUGGAAGGAUUUUUAGCCAGUAUCCAAAGUAUCCUUCGAUUGCGCGAGGGCGGCCUGGCUACGGCCGGGCCGCCAUGUGGCUCCUUUAUCUAUUUGAAUCUGGGUACAUCCCUACGAUCAAAAACGAGGCCGUUCGGGGGGCCCUGGGCCUAUGUAAAAAGGGCCAAUCGGAUCACAUGCCGAUUGUGCCUUCUUCUUCUGCUGGCCUUCGUGCGAUGCGCGGUUCACAUGGGCAGCUAUGGACAUGCCAAUUUGAAGCCAACUGUGGUUUUUGGAAAUGCAACUUGGUCCUACCGGCUUCAUAUCAAGAUCACAAAGAAGGUUAGAAAGCGUAUCGAAAAGAACAAAGCGAAGAAGGCUACAGUCCGGAGAUACGUUGAUCAACAAGGGAACCGUAGAGUGUCUGGCAAUCCCCUUCAGCUACGAGCAUCUCAAGUGUAUCCGAAAGGGUAUGGAAAAGCUAUUGCAUCAAUCCAUGCAUCCUGGGUGGAAAACCGGCAGAACGUGAAGAACAUCCGAGAUGCACUCUAUCCUCAGGCUGGUGGCUUGGUGGACAAGAUGAUGGAGUCUGUCCCAAAGGCCCCAUAUCAGUGGCGGCACGCCUCCCUAUCUGGUGUGGCUGAUUUCUUGAGGGCUGAGAGGGACGCUGGCCGGAGUUUGAAGACAAAAGCGAGAUCCCCCCCGGAAGCAGAUUCAGAAGCCUCGACAGUGCCAGCGACAGAGAAGGAACUUGAGGAGGCUAAACAAAAACGAAAGGAGGUUGGUGUUGAGUUGGUUACCCCCCCGUCCAAGUUGAUGAAGGUGAAGAAAAGUGAAAGUGCUGAGACUUUUUCAGAGCCAAAGCUCAGCCGGGCAAUUCAAAGCAAGUCUGUUCUAGAAGCCAAACCAGGUGAUGAGAGAAAGGUGUCAGCUACUGCAGUCAAAGCCAAGGCAGCCCCAAAACAGCCUUUGACAAUCCCAAAGCCUGAGCAGAGUCAGCAAGAUGCCAAGAGAGCCCAGGCGGUGCAUGACUGUUUGAGGCGACCCUCAACUGGGGACAUGGCUGCAAAUCCGGACAAAGAGGAUGGCCCAUGCGCGGUACAUGAGGUUCUCACGCUCACUGCAGACAUUCCGGGACUCCGGAAUGCUGCAAGUUCUUCUAGAGCAGUGGACGAGCUGCGCUGGGGUUUGGACGGAGAGACUCGUCAGUAUCUCAUUUGGGAUCGUGAAGGUGAGGAAACAACGGUGGACCAUGUGACCACAACACUCUUUCAGGCUGCUGAAAAGGAUGAGGACGAGAAGACCAGGGGCAGGUCAAGGGUGAGAAGCCGCAAAGGGAGGAAGCAUGACAAGAAACAUGGCAAGGGAAAGAAAUCAAAAGGUAAGAAGAAGAAGCGUUCCACAUCGUCGACCAGCUCGGAUUCAAGUGAUGCCAGCAGUUCGGACAAGCCAAGCAGUGAAUCAGAAGAGAAAGAGGCCAAAGGGAAGAAAGCAUCAAAGAAGAAAACCAUGAAGAAAGGCAAAGGUAACAAAAGAGGAAAGAGUUCAAAGUCAAGUGACAGCACUGGCCAGGCAGGGAAGAAGAAGAGAAAGGAAGAAACAGAAGAGCAGAAGCUGAAGCGUGAACACAAGGAACAGGAGGCUCAGCAAAAAAAAGAGCUGAAGGAACAGGAGAAGGAAAGAGAGAAGGAAAAGAAAGCGAUUGAGAAGACCAAAAAUGAUGCUUUCAAAAAGGAUCUGCGGAAAGGAAACCAGGCGAUGACAAAGCUCAGCGCAAGUAUCUCCAAGGGGACAUCGCUUGAGGACAGUGACAAACUUCGCCAUAUGAGUGGCUCGGUUGUGACGGCGAUCCUUGCCGAAGUCAAGCCCCACAUUGCCACAAUGAAGGGUGCCCGUUCCCAGUUGCAGAAGUCCAUCGAUGCAGCAAAGGUGGGAUUGGGUCUGGGAUAUUUGGGAUACACCAGGGGGAACAUAUACCAAUGGAAAUGUGUAUGCAUGUUGCAUAACACUUAUUGGCUGCAUGUAGGCUUCAAUAAUUUGAGGGAUGGACAAAAUUGGCCUUGGUAUAAUAUUAAACAUGUAUUCCCAGAUCCCCAGCUUAGGAAUAAUUCUCAUGAACUAUGUUGA